AAUGUCCGCGGUGGACGUGUUUAGCGUGAACCGUCGAGCGCCACAGCGUGCUGUGCUGUUAUUAUGGCUCAGUUUAAACAUUGGAGACGCUUGUCGUCUCUCUUCUAAGACUCGGUCGCUGGUAGACUUUCAGUUAUUUAUUUUCACUUAAAAAACGCAGCUUGUUUUCUCCAAAUUGUUUGUCAGCUAAUAAUAAUCGGGAUUAAAAUGGUCAUUAAGGUUUACAUCGCCUCUUCAACUGGCUCGGUCGCGGUAAAAAAGCAUCAGCAAGCGGUAGUGGGUUUCUUGGAGUCAAAUCGCAUCCGCUUCCAGGAAGUAGACAUCACCAUGCUGGAGGAGCAGAGGCUGUGGAUGUUCCGCAACAUUCCCAGAGACAAGCGGCCGGAGAAAGGCAACCCACUGCCCCCACAGAUAUUCAACGACAAUCACUACUGUGGGGACUAUGAAGACUUCUUCCAGUCAAAGGAGGACAACACUGUAUUUGCCUUCCUCGGGCUUAGUUCCCAACCCUCGGUGAAAGAUUCUGAGUCAUAACAUGAAACCUCAGCUACAGGAUGUUCUGUGAUUCAUGAAAUAUGAAGAUGAAAACCACAUUGCUUCCUGUGUUGCAUCACCUCUUCUUGUGCGUUCCUCCUCCUGCAAAGAUGCCAACAUUUUGCCAAACAUCAGCGCCCACAAAUUUCACUCUACGGAAUCUCUCCUGACUCUUUUAAACACCUCUCCAAGAAAUUCUCAAUCGCAGAGAUGGACUUAAUCACAGAAGAAGGUGAUUAACUUUGUGAAGGACAUAUUUGUGUUCACUUUUUAUACAUUGUGACAGCAAACCCCGGCGGUAGCAUAAGUUCAGUGCAACUUGGGCAGCUUUUGCAUCGAUAGAUCAGCUGCUUUAGGUCAAUAUACACAAUGCAUAAUUGGGGAAAGAACCAAUAACUAGCACCUGUCACCUGAACACACACCUCUGAUCUUUACUGUGUGUGUAUAUUUGCCUUAGUAUGUAUCUCAGUAGGUGUUAAUGAAGGGGUUGCGUUAAGUGAGAGCAACACGAUAGUUUAAGACCAAGUAGAUGGCUAAUAAAAUGCAUACACAUAUGCGGGAUGGACCUGAUGCGUAGCAGCUGUCAUCCAAACAAAGCUUGCGCUUGAAUUAUUCCACUGCCAAUCUAGUUUGAUUUAAGGACAGGGUUUCAUUUAUGGGGUUUUUUAAACUUAUGGUCUAUAUAUCCAAUAAAUGAUCAACAUAAAUAUUGUUUUUCUUUUCAUCGUUGUGACUUCCAUAGUGUGGGGUUUGAAUGCUUUGGUUCAUGUUUUAAAAGGCAAAGUAGUUUUUUUCUUUCUUAGCCAAUAUUACUCAAACAGCAGUAGGGACUAGUUUGCCGCACUGUGGGAUUGAAACUAAAUAAUCUUCAGUGCACAGGUUAAAAUAAUGAACAAAGAUAUCGGUCGGCUCAAUUAAUAGUUUUGGAUUUGGCCUUUUCAUAGGAUUGUUGAGAUGAUGCACUUCUCAGCUCAUUACUAUGAAGUCCGGUAGGACGGAGGACUGGAGAUUAGAAAAUAUAGUUUAUUGCUCAGAGAUAUUCAAGUUGCAAAGCUCUGCACAUACAGAACCCGGCUUCUGUCCGACAUGUGGACAAACCGUGUGUUUCAUGAAAGCAACAUGCGUGUUUCCAUGUCCUCCAGUCUGUAUUCUAUGUCCUCUGUCUCCAACGGCAACACCAAGCAUGUCUCUCGUCCUAAUCAAAUUAUCAUGAGUGGGUGGUUAGCUGAUUCCUUUAUGUUUGCACAUGAAGGCCAAACACAAACAGAUGAACCCCCCAGUAGCCAGUCUUACCUAAACGGUGUGCCAAUGCAUGGAGGGAUAUCAUUUUGACUUAUUUCAAAUAAUUUUGAAUAAUCAUUGUUCCAACAACAUUCCUAUUUGUCUGAGUUGUGUCCUUGAUUUGUGAAUCAAUGUGAUUUUGUUUGCCAACGGAUACUAAGAAGCCCUUUGGACUGACUAAUGUUCACUGACUGAAUGCAAUGUAUUUUAUAUUUUUCAGUUUGUAAGCUUUUAAAAAAAAAUUGAACUCAACGGCACUUGAAGCGUGACAUUUUUAAAGUAAAUUUGCCCACUAUUUUUCAUACGAUGAUCUAAUACUACAACGAAUAAAAUGGUUUGAAAAAAAGUGUAGUGCAUACUUUUCAACCACAAUUUUUUUUCUAGAGGUGAUGAGAAGUUGUUUAAUGCGAUGCCGAAAUCCCUAAAUUGGCCACUGAGUGAGUCGUACAGAGUCGGAAUGAAGGGGAUUAUGUGUAGUAAAUGUGACUGGGUAAGAAAAGUGGACUCAAAGACAGGCUCAUGAGAUAAUGUGAUGAGGUCAUUGUACAUACAGGGGAGAACCAAUGGCAACAGCUCUCAAAGAAGGAGGUUGAGAAACUCAACUCUAUUCUCACACCAAUAUAUAAAUUCUCAGCACCUGUAUCUGUAGCAUUAAAGCUUUUUAACCAGCUUU